CCACGUGAUGUCAUCAUUCUCGUCGCUUGGUUUGGAUGAGAGAAUUCUCAAGUCGGUUGCUGAACUGGGAUGGUCAACGCUGACGGACGUUCAGUCUCAGGCGAUUCCUCUCGCUCUCGACGGUAAAGACGUGCUGGUGAGAGCGAAGACGGGCUCAGGAAAAACAGCAGCAUAUGGCAUUCCUCUUAUACAGAGAGUGUUGUCAGCUCGUGAAUCGUCAACUUCAUCAGUUGUUCGAGCAUUGGUUUUAGUUCCAAGUAAAGAACUAUGUCAGCAAACGUCAAGAAUGUUAAAGAGUCUGUCAUCUGGAUGCUCCAAAGUUGUCCGGAUUGUUGAACUAUCUACUCACACCAGUGUAGCAGUGCAAAGGCCAAUUAUAUUAGAGAAACCCGACAUUGUUGUUGGUACUCCAAGUCGGGUUGUUGCUCACUUACAAGCAAAGAAUUUAGUUAUUCGAGAUUCGUUGGAGAUGCUUGUGAUAGACGAGGCAGAUUUGGUUUUCUCAUUUGGUUAUGAAGACGACUUGACAGUCAUAAUCGAAUAUCUACCCAAAAUCUAUCAAGCAUUUCUUAUGUCUGCUACACUGAGUAAAGAUACAAAUAAAUUGGGCAGAUUAGUUCUUCACAACCCAGUAACAUUGGAUGUAGAUGAACGACAAGCAGAGAAUGAUGACUCGCAACUAACGCAGUAUCACAUCAGGUGUGAAGCGGAUGAUAAAUUUCUGUUGAUUUACGCUCUUCUGAAAUUGAAACUCGUGCGAGGAAAGUCUCUCAUUUUUGUCAAUCUGAUCGAUCGAUGUUACAGGUUGAAGUUGUUUCUUGAGCAGUUCUCCAUUGCAGCUUGUGUGUUGAAUUCGGAGUUGCCUGUUAAUUCACGAAUGCACAUCGUGGACGAAUUCAAUCGCGGCAUCUACGACUACAUCAUUGCCUCUGAUGAGCGGCUAGACAAACAACAGCAGGCAGCAACACGGACGAAGAAAACCAAGAAACAGAGGUGUGACACUCACUUUGUCUCCAAUUGUUCGACAAAUCGUAGAUGCAUGUGGUUGUUGUGUGUGGCGAGUAGGAAGGAUAAGGAGUAUGGGAUUGCAAGGGGCAUCGACUUUCAGGGAGUCGAGAAUGUAAUCAACUUUGAUUUUCCGCCAACUGUCGAUGCUUAUGUGCAUCGUGUAGGAAGAACUGCUCGAGGUAAGGAAUGUGGUACAGCGCUGUCACUUGUCUGUCCUGGCGAAGAAGAGGGUCGUCUUCGAGAAGCAGUCAAGCGGCUAAGCAAAGGAGAAGUGACUGCAGACUCCGUCAAGCCGUAUCAAUUCAAAAUGUCGGAAAUCGACGGAUUUCGAUAUCGAGUAAUGGACGGUCUCAGACGAGUUACUCAAACAGCAGUGAGGGAGGCUCGACUGAAGGAGAUCAGAACGGAAAUUAUUAAUUCUGAGAAAUUGAAGGCUCAUUUUCAGGACAAUCCUCGAGAUCUGCAAGUGUUGCGACAUGACAGGAACCUUCAUCCUCUGCCAGUGGAUGAACAUCUCAAGCAUGUUCCAUCUUAUCUUGUUCCUGCACCGUUGAAGGCGUCGUUCAAGUCAGACAUGCCGAAUGGUAAACGGAAAUUUUUGAUGCGAGGCUUUCGAGCUAAUCAGACGAAAGGCAGUAGAAGAAAAUCUGAUCCUCUGAGAUCGUUCAAGUUUUCGAAACAAGAAAGACAAGGGAAACGGGCUAAGUUGGAAUGAAUUAUGAACAAAUUGUUUAUGACAUUGCAACGUGUUGAUGACGUCGUUAUUAAAGUAAACAAACACUCAGACU